AUGGAAGUAGUGUGUUCGAAAGUUUCAAACUUUGGAUUCUUUUGGCUUUUAUUGAUUGUUGCUUUUACUAGUAGGCAGAAGUUAGGCCAUGUAGAUAUUGUUGGGGGCUGCUAUUUGGUCAGAAGGCACAGACAAUGUUUCAAUCCGUUGGUGACCCAUAGUAGAAAGAAUCGUUUCCCCGUGGUCAGUAAUCAGAGGAGUUUAGAUAGUGGCGCUAGUUCAUCAGAGAUUGAUGAAAGAUUGGUUUUUAAAGAUACGAGUUCUCUUGACGGUGGAGGCAAUGAAGUUCCUAACGUUGUAUUACUUUCUCCGGAUGUCAAGUGUGAGAUAAUGAUGCUUUCUAUACCUGCUAUUGUGGGGCAAGCACUUGAUCCUUUAGCACAACUUAUGGAGACUGCUUACAUUGGUAGAUUAGGCUAUCUGGAGUUGGGUUCAGCUGGUGUUUCUGUGAACAUCUUUAACUACAUUUCAAAGCUAUUUAAUAUUCCUCUUCUCAGUGUUGCCACUUCUUUUGUUGCUGAAGAGAUUUCAAGAAGUGAAAAUAAUUCUUCUGCUUCAGAGACGCACUUUCUAAACAACAGUAGCAAUGGUAGUAGACCUUUUGAUGUAAUAGAAGAAAGAAAACAAUUACCAUCCGUGUCCACAGCUUUACUGCUAGCUGUUAUGAUUGGUACUUUUGAGGCUUUAGCCUUGUCUUUGGGAUCUGGCUUGUUUCUAAAUAUCAUGGGAAUAUCAUCAUUGUCAUUUGUAGCCACGAAGAAGUCCGUCUAA